AUGGACAAUGACUGGAUGCCUUAUGCAAAUGAACCUGAACCACCUCAGGGGCAACUUAUUCCAUUUAUCACAUCACCACCACAACUCUGUGAAGAAGUUAUAAAAUUAUUAGGAGUUACAGAAAAAGAUAAAAUAAUUGAUGUUGGAUGUGGAGAUGGUAGGAUAGUUAUUAGUGCAGUUGAAUCAACUCAUUGUAAAGGAGUUGGGAUUGACAUAAACCAAGAUUUGAUUAAUGGUUGUAUAAAAGAAAUGAAUGAAAAAAAUUUAAAUAAUUCUCUUCACUUUCAAGUCGAUGACUUUUCACGACCAGAUUUUGAUUUUUAUCAGUGUGAUUGUGUAUGUUUUUAUUUUGUCCCAAGAAUUAUUAAGAUGAUGAAACCGAAAAUAUUAGAAUAUUUAAGAGCAGACCAUUCAAGAAGAUGUGUUUCAAUAAGGUUUCCAAUAAAAAAUAUUAUUCCAACAAAGGUGAAUGAAGCAAUGAAGCUUUAUUAUUAUGAUUGGCAAAGUAAAGAAGGUAAAUAUGGAACUAAUGAAGAUGAUUGUUUGUUACCAGCAUUUUAA